CAUCAAGCUGGAUGUAUUUAUAUCCCCAAUCAAAAUAAUCUCUUUUAAUAUUUUUCAUGUGAGAAAUACUAAUGGUACAUCUUAAAAAAGAUGCAUAUUUUAUAUUCUAUCCAUCUAAAUAUAAAAAGAUAGAAAGAAGUAUCCCUAGUUAUAUAGAUGGAUAGAAUGUUGGAUACACUAUAAAAAAAAAAAAAAAAAACACUAAGUAGCGUUUACCUUUCCACGUUUAAACUGACCCAAUGCGCGCACUCUCACCCUCUCCGGCUCACCUCCAAACGCUCCGGUUCGCCCGGCCCACCUCAACCGGACCGGUCCCAACCGGCCCACCACCUUUCCCCUACGAGGCCAACACCCGGCUCAAACGCUUGGUGGAAUCCGACUGCCUGAAUGAAGCACGCCACCAGUUCGACGAAAUGCCCCACAGAGACGAGGUCUCCUACACCACAAUCAUCUCCGGCUACGUCCGCGCCUCCGACCCCCUCGGCGCCCUCUCCCUCUUCUCCCGCAUGCGCUCCCGCGACCCCGCGCUCGCCCCCGACGACCCCUUCGUCCUCAGCCUAGCCUUCAAGGCCUGCGCCUCCGACCCCUCCCUCCUCCCCCACGCCGCCGCACUCCACGCCUUCGCCCUUAAAACCUUAGCCUCUCGCUCCGUCUUCGUCGCCACCGCGCUUGUAGAUGCGUACUCUAAGGUGGGCUCUGCGGCCCUCGCUCUCCAGGUUUUCGACGAAAUGCCCCUUAAGAACGUGGUCUCCUGGACCGCCCUUAUAUCCACCCUCGUCCGCGCCGGGCGGUGCCGCGACGCGCUGCGCUGCUUCGCCGACAUGCGCGCGGCGGGCGUGCAGUGCGACUCCCACACGUACGCGGUGGCCCUCAAGGCGUGCGCCGACGCGGGGAUGCUCGCGCGCGGCCGCGAGGUCCACGCGCGCGCGGCCGUGCUCGGCCUCGACGCCACCCCGUUCGUCGCCAACACCCUCGCCGCCAUGUACGCGCGGUGCGGCCACCUCGACCUCGGCCUCGCCGUGCUGGGCCGCAUGCGGUCGCGCGACGUGGUCGCGUGGACGACCAUCAUCGCGUCCUACGCCCAGACGGGGCGCGAGGGCGACGCCCUCGCGGCGUUCGCCCGCAUGCGCGAGCGCUCCUCGGGCGCGGUUGCCCCCAACGAGUACACGUACGCGGCGGUGCUCGCCGCGUGCGCGGGGCUGGGGCUCACGGGCGCGGGGGAGCAGGUGCACGCGCACGCGGCCCGGCGGGGGUUCGCGGGCGCGCGGUCGGUGGCCAACGCCCUCGUCACGCUCUACGCGCGCGCGGGGCGCCUCGCCGCCGCCGACGCCGCGUUCCGCGAGGCGGACGCCAAGGACGUCGUCUCGUGGAGCGCCAUCAUCUCCGGGUACGCUCAGGAUGGCCGCGCCGAGGAGGCCUUCGCCCUGCUCGCCGAGAUGCGGCGCUGCGACGGCGCCGCCGCGCGCCCCAACGAGUUCACGCUCGCGAGCCUCCUCAGCGCGUGCGGGGGCGCAGCCGCGCUCGAGGCCGGGCGCCAGCUCCACGCCCUUGCGAUUGCAACGGGGCUCGGAGGCGACGCGAUGGUCGCGAGCUCGCUCAUCGACAUGUACGUGAAAAGCGGUAGCUUAGGGGACGCCAAAGCGGUAUUCUACGAAUCCCGCCGCGACGACGUUGUUUCGUGGACGGCCAUGCUUGGCGGGUACGCGGAGCACGGCCGUAGCGAGGAAGCCCUUGAACUGUUCGAUAAAAUGCGGCAUAUUGGUUUAAAGCCGGAUAGGGUGGCGUUCAUCGGAGUGCUCGCCGCGUGUUGCCACGCGGGAAAGGUGGAGCUUGGGUUAAAGUACUUUGAGGCAAUGAAGGAGGAAUACGGAUUGGAGCCUACAAAGGAACACUACGGAUGCGUUGUGGACCUACUCGGCCGGGCGGGGCGAAUACACGAGGCGGAGAAGGUGAUCGAAGAAAUGCCUGAGAGGGAGAGGGACGGAGUGGUGUGGACGGCAUUGCUAAGGGCGUGUGCGGCGAGAGGAGAGGAGGAGGUGGGGAAGAGAGCGGCAGAGAGGGUGAUAGAGGCAGAGCCGUGGGGCGCGGGGCCCCACGUGGCAAUGGCGAAUAUCUAUGCGGGGAAAGGGCGGUGGGGCGAGGCGGCGGAGGAGAGAAAGAGGAUGAGGGAGAAGGGGGUUAAGAAGGGCGCGGGGUGGUCUUCGGUGGCGGUAGGAGGGAAAGAAAGAGGGGUAGGGGUGUUCGUGGCCGCGGACCGAACGCAUCCGAGAGGAGAGGAGAUUUAUGGGAUGCUAGGAUUGGUGGACUACGGGGCUCGGACGGCGGGCUCUAUGCCGGAAUUAAACUCGGAAACUGAUGAAGAAUUGGCGGCUAACGGCUAGUCGUAUUGUAAAGAUUGUUAGCUUCGCUUGCAGAAUACCUUCUUUGAUUGAAGAACUCAAAUGUUCGGCAAAUAAGAUGCCUCGAGCUUUUGGUGUGAUUGGAAGUUUGAACUGCAGUUGUGAUUCUUCUGAUUCUGCUACAGCACAAAAGCUAUUGAAGAGUUGAUUCCUGUUGGAUUAAGGUAUAUAUCAAGCGUGGUAAGGGAGAGCAACUUAUAGUGUUCCACUGAACAUAGGCGCAAUGAAAGUUAUAGAAGUGAUGCGUAAUAAGAUGAGGUGACUUUGCCCAGUAUUUCCUGGCUCGGACGAGAGAGGAUGCGAUAAGCC